UUUUCUGACUCACUUUUGACAGCCUAUUGUGGUUGUCUGCACAACGUUUUGGGGGGAUGUGUGCAUGUGCUAUUGACAGUGAUUAUUUAUUAAAUAUUUAUUAGUGUUUUACUCAUGGAUUAAUUGUUCUUUAUAUCGUUUUAAGACCCCUGAUAAUUUUUCACUCAUCAGAUUUAUGUUGUGAAAAUGUGAUAUGUGUACCUGACUCUUGUUAACUUUACAUUCCUGUAUUAACAGCAUUUAAUAAUUUAAUUUAUUUGACUCAUGCCCGCUAAUGAAGAAGUCAUAAUAAUGGAAAAUACCGGUAGUAUAAAUGAUUCUAAUAUUAAUGAGAGAUUCGGCUCUGCAAAGCCAAUGACACUUCCAGAUAUUGUCUACAAACGAAUUAGAGGUAUAUUUGGAAUUGGUUGUAUAAGAAAUAGCAAGUCCAAUGAAGAUGGAUAUGUUGAGUUCGGCCAAAACGAAGGAGGUGAUUCCUCGGGUGGUAGAACUCUUGGGACGUUUGCUGGUGUAUUCAGUCCUGUAGCACUGUCGAUGUUCAGUGCCUUACUGUUCCUGAGAAUUGGGUAUAUUGUUGGAAAUGCUGGACUAUUAGUUACUUUGAUCCAGUUUUUAAUAGCAUACAGUAUACUUGUGUUCACUGUUACAUCCAUUUGUGCUAUCUCGACUAAUGGUGCUGUAGAAGGGGGUGGUGCUUACUUUAUGAUAAGUAGAACCCUCGGUCCAGAGUUUGGUGGUUCUAUUGGUACUUUAUUCUUCGUUGCUAAUAUUGUUAGUAGUGCUCUCUACAUCUUUGGCUGUGCAGAAGGUUUUGUCGAGAAUUUCGGACCAUCAGGAUAUCUCACCUGGAAAGGACAUGAACUGCGUGAUGGCGGAUGGUAUAGGUUCAUGUACUGUUCAGUUUUAAAUUUUUUAAACCUCCUAGUCUGCCUCAUUGGAGCUGGAAUGUUUGCAAAAAUCAGUGUUGUUAUUUUCAUUGUAGUCUGCCUUUCUCUCGGCUCAGUCGUCACAAGCUUUAUCUAUAUGAAUCCGUUUGAGGUUCCUAUUCCGGAAGAAAACCAGUUGGUUCAGAAUGCUACUUAUCUAGUGAACGGGAGUUACACUGGUUUAGAUUGGAAUACUUUAAAUAGCAACCUAUAUCAGCAUUAUACAAAGGAUUACACUUCCAAAGACGGCAAAGUUCCUGAUUUCGCUGCUGUGUUUGGUGUCUUGUUCUCUGGUGUUACUGGCAUAAUGGCUGGUGCAAAUAUGUCAGGUGAAUUGAAGGAACCUGGCCACAGCAUCCCAUGGGGUACAAUGUCAGCUGUGAUUUUUACGUUUGUAUCGUACAUCACUGUGUCCGUUCUGAGCGCCGCCACUUGUAGCCAUUUCCUCUUGGCCAACAAUUUCUUUUACAUGAUGCCGAUCAACAUCUUUCCUAUUUUUAUUACAUUAGGAAGCUUGACUGCUACAUUUUCUGCUUCUCUUAGCAACCUCAUUGGUUCUUCCAGAGUUUUAGAAGCUCUUGCCAAAGAUAAUAUUUAUGGACGAUUGCUCAAGUGGAUCACUAGAGGAACGUGCGAUGGUAAUCCAGUUGCAGCCGUAGUAUUAUCUUGGGCACUAGUGCAGGCAAUGUUAUUCAUCGGUUCUCUAAACGUAAUUGCACAAAUUAACUCAGUACUCUUCCUGUUGUCUUACUUGGCUACAAAUCUUGCUUGCCUUGGUCUUGAUCUUACUUCUGCACCUAAUUUUAGGCCUUCAUUUAAGUAUUUUUCUUGGUGGACUGCUUUAAUUGGGCUGAUAGGUAGUUUAGUUAUGAUGUUUGUGAUCAACGCCCUUUAUGCCGUGUCAUCUAUUGUGCUCUGCUUCUUGUUGAUUGUCCUGCUUCAUCUUUUCUCACCAUCCUCUCAAACAGCAGGUUGGGGAUCACUCACACAGGCGUUGAUAUUCCAUCAGGUACGGAAAUAUCUUCUGAUGUUGGAUUCUCGAAAAGAUCAUGUUAAAUUUUGGAGGCCUCAGGUUUUGCUUCUUGUUGGGAAUCCAAGGAGCUCUACACCACUUAUACAUUUUACUAAUGACAUGAAAAAAUCAGGUUUAUAUGUUUUGGGUCAUGUGAUAGCUGGAAAAGAAUUUUCGGAAUUUCCGACCGAUCCUGCUGGUAUACAGUAUCCCCAUUGGCUCUCACUUGUUGACCAUUUGAAAGUAAAGGCUUUCAUAGAGCUUACUGUGGCCAGGAGUGUUCGUGAUGGUCUUAAUCAUCUUUCGCAUUUAGCUGGGCUUGGUGCUAUGAAACCGAACACAAUUGUUUUAGGAUUCAGAGAUAAUCAAAAGCCUCUUGAUCUUUUUCAAAUUCCUGGUUCUGAAUUUCUGACUGAUAAAUUUGAAAAGGAAGAUGAAUCACUUUUCCCAUUGAGGGAUAGUGAAAACCAAGUUGAUUAUCAAGAAUAUGUUUAUCUUAUUAGUGACAUACUGAGAAUGCAAAAGAAUAUUUGUAUCGCGAGAAAUUUCCAGAACUACAGUAAACUUCAAAUCAAAUCUGGUGCUUACAAGUACAUUGAUGUUUGGCCAGUUAAUUUUUUCAAGCCUUCUAUGAAUGAACUUUUUGAUACGACUACCUUAUUCAUGCUGCAAUUAGCAUGUAUUGUCAACAUGGUCAAUGGUUGGAAACACCUGAGGGUUCGAGUUUUACUUUGUGAAGGCCAAGGGCCUACUUCAGGAAUUACUGAUUUCAGUUUGCGAAGAGCUCCAAAUACUGAGUUCAAACAACUUCUAGAAAGCUUGAGGAUAAAAGCUGAUAUAGAAACAGUAGAAACUUGGUCUAGAGUAAAGGCUUUUUUGAGAGGAAGUGAAGUUGCAUUAGAUAAAAAUAAUGAAACUACAAGUAUAUAUUUGACCAAUGUGAACCAGAUGAUUAAAGCCAAAUCAGGUGAAACUGCUAUCAGUUUUCUGUACCUCUCAACGCCUCCUCAAGACGCUAACUAUUACGCUGAUUACCUUGAACACCUGACCCUACUAACGGAGGAUCUGCGACCAUGCCUCCUAGUUCAUGGCAUCAGGGCUGUCACCUCGACCACACUCUGACAUCAGCUCUUCUUCCGCCAUCAUUACCCUGUUAAUGUUCGAUUUUAGUUAUUUAUGUGCUAUUUAAAAAUUUUAUAGUUUAUUCAAUCCAAAGGACUGCUUAAGCAAUUGAAAAAGUGAUUAUUUUGUUAUAUGUGUAUGUGGGUGUGAAAUAUAUACACGCACAUACAUAAGACAUAUAUAUAUAUAUGAAGUUGUAUCAUAUAUAUUUUCCUAUUUUUAUAUGUAAAUCUUUCUGUUAAUUUAAUGUAUUGUUGUUGUAUUCAUGUUUCAAAGAUGUAAUAGUACGUUUUAAGUGUUACGAUUGCCACUUCAAAUAUAAUUUAAUGAUCUAUUUAAUAGAUUUAUCGUUUACUAUUAUGCAUUUAGUUUUAGGCGAUAGAUACUUAUUGAAAGGUAUUUUUGGGUGUAUUAGCUAUCAGUUCAUAACCAGUUCCAUGAUAGUAUUGUUAUUGAAUAUAUAACAAUGUUAGUUAGUAAAAUAUAAUUUUAAACAAAUGACAACCUUCAAAAAUUAAUAUGUUAAAUGUGUAAACUUAUUUAAAAAAUAAACAUAUGAUUUUUUUAAACACUUAAUAUACUUCAUUGAACACUCACCAUCUUAUCAAGUCAAUCAGACUUCAUGAACUGCAGUGGAAUAACAAUUUUGAAAUAAGCAAAAUCAUCAUUGUUUAAAUUACAUAAAAUGAAGUGUGAUUUCCUAUUCAUAUUAUUACAUUUGAUCACACUAUUUAUUUACAGUUUAAAUUGGAAAAAUCCUGAACUUUGGCUAGUUCAUUGACACCCUAUAUUAGGAGGCAGACAGAACCAUUUGUAUAGGCACAGAAAAUAUUCUAGACUGUGAGGGCACAAAUAAAAAUUAUGCAUUUAUUAAAUUUAAUACAUAGGGAUGGUGAAAAUACUUCAAGGAACAUAAAGGACUUUUUUAUGGAAUUUCAAUAAAAUAAUAUAAUAAAUUAUAUUUCUUAAAAUAAAAUAUUAACAAUACUAAAUUGAACUAUUAAGAGCUUUGUAUUGUCAAAAUUAUGCACUAGCAUAGCCUAAAUUUUGCGACCCACAACAAGUGUUAAGAACCACAAUUUCAAGUACAAAAUUUAGAAUCAAUUCUGGAAAAUAGUAUGUCAAAAUAUUAGUAAAUAUUUAUUGUUGUUUUUUAUAUACUUCUUAAACUAAACUUAAGUGUUUUUUUUUUUUUUUUAUUCCUCUUAUAAGAAAAAAAAACUAACAGCUAUAUUCCAAUUUAGAAAAAAUGGUAUUUAUUAUCUUCUAUAAAUGACAUUAACAAUAGUAAAUUUAGUAAAAGAUUAAGCAUUUAAUAUAUAAAUACAGAUAGGAAAAUCAAUCAAUUUUAUAUAAAAAAACAAACAUUAAAUCCAUUGCAAUAAUAAAAAAAUUAUCCAGUAAUAAAUAUUUCAUUUCAAAACACAAUAAGUUAGACUUUUAUUAAAAUUAAGUAAUGACACAAAUGUUUAUCGGAGAUCAUUCUCUAGGAAAUUGAUUUAAAUGUUUACAGAGAAUUUCGUUCAUUUUUGAAGGAGGGACCAUAUCCAGAAUGAAAUCCUUGAGAUUACUAUUUAAUGCAGGGCUUACUAGAGUUUUACUAUGAUUUACUACAAAUUCUAGUAAAUUUUUAAAAAAGAAAUUUUUUACGCUCCAAGGUUGCACUUCAACUUUAACAUCAGGAAAAUCCAUAUAAGUCACAAUCUCAAUUGCUGUCGAACAUUUUGGCAAUGAUAUAUCUAUCGUGCCACUUAAAAGAAUAUUAUUUUUUGGAACUGUCAGUUUCAGACUACCUGAAUUCUUAAAAACAUCAAAAAAAUCUGAUUUGAAGUCGUAUUGUAAUGAAAAAUUUUCCAAACCUACUCCUAGAGUCCAAUACAGCCUCCGUUCACUUUGUGGUAAAAUAGAAGACUUAUGAAGUUCAAUAGAAGAGAAGUCUCUCAUUUGUCCAUUAGAUAAACUCACAGAGGUGAAUGGUAAAUUUAUAGGAAUGUCCAUGAGUUUGUGAACAUCAAACUGAUUGUCUUUUAUAUACUGAUUGAUAUCAGAAAUAACAUUAACAAAUAUACCAUCAGUUUCACUGGCUGUUCCGACAAAAUUAUAUCCUCGAUGAAGACUACUAGCACUCAAUAAUGAAGCACAGCUAUAGAUAAAAAAUAAAAUUCUAAUCAUGGUUAAAGACACCAACUACAUACAUAUAAAUCAGCUACCACUACACUGAGAAAAUCAUAGCUCAUGAGGAAUUAUAACAAGGAGCUCUCAAAAGAUAACUAUCUCAUAAU